AUGCCUGUUUCCUUUGUUCUCGUCUGCGAUCUUCUGGAGCAGGCCCACAAACAGUGUAAAGCCGGCGAUAAGAAUCUGAAGCAUCGCGUAUGCAGCUGGUUCAGGCUACACCGCCAACUUAUCGAUGAGCCUGAGACAGAUGCCUCUGCUCUGCUCUCGACUCUCCUCCCGGACAAGCGCACCGAUCGUGUAUACUGUAUCCAGGCCGACACGCUAGCCAAUAUCAUUGGCCGUACCUUUGGCCUCGGAACGUCACGUCUCCAAGAAUUGCGUCGAUACAAAGAGGCUGGUCGCGGCGAGGAUCUGGCUGAUUGUGUGGAGAGAGUCUUCAGGGAAACCCCCAAUCCCAGCAGCAGCAACCGUCAAGAACUUCUUGGCCAUCUAUACCUUCGCCUGCAAGCGCGAGAGGCGAAAUGGCUCACUCGCCUGACACUCAAGAACUUCCAGCCAGUGAUGCUGGACCCUGCUCAUCUCUACCAUUGUUACGACCCCUUACUGCCCAUGAUACUCAUGGUUCAGGAUAAUUUUGAUGCGGCCUUGUGUCUCCUCGGAAAUCUGAAGAAGGACCCCUCGUUGCUCAAUGGCUCGGAGAACCAAAAGCGGAGAGAUCUCAUGCGGCACCUGACGCCCGUCUUGGGCACCAAGGUUGGAAGACCGUUCUGGCUGAAAGGGCGAAGCAUCAAGCAUUGCAUGAAGCUCAUCCAAGGCCGUAUGAGCUGCGAGAAGAAAAUGGAUGGCGAGUAUUGCCAGAUCCACGUAGAUUUGAACAAGGGGUUCAAAUGCAUCCAAAUCUUUUCCAAGAGUGGCAAGGAUAGCACCAAAGACCGCGCUGCGUUACACGGGUGA